GCUUUUACCUUACAACACCUCCCUCCUCCACCCACCAUCACCGCCCCCCCCUCCCUAUCACUCACCAAUUCCUCUGGAAAGGGAAAAUAAAAAAUAAAAAUAAAAAACCCACCACACCGGUUCAAUAAAAGAACGGAAACAGCUCGAUAUAAUGCCGCCAUCCACCAGUAUUCCUCAUCUUCAACUUCCGACACUCACUCCCCUCGAACCCCUUACCUCAGGCACAAACCUGCCCCACGUCCCCGCUGAAGAGCUAACUCCAACCUCUUCCUCCUCCUCUCACGAUGAAAAGCCGCCAGUGAUCCCCUCAAAUUUGGAAGCUUCGUCCGCCGCCGCAUCAUCCACUACCACCCCGCCUCAAUCUCCUGGACGUCCCACUUCAAUGCGUCGAUUCCUAUCUCGCGUCUCGUUGAACUCCCCUUACCACGGUGAAGACGACGACAAAGCUUCUGUCCUUUCGGGCCCAAUGUCGCCAACGGGCUCUGUCAUGUCUCGCGACAGCAAGAGGAAGACCUCCAGUGGGUCAAUCAAGUCAAAGACUUCCUGGUGGAAGAAGCCCAAGACCCAACCCGCUCCUUCCCCAGUCCAGGAAGUUCCACCCCCGAACAACAUCAAUGCCUCCUCGUCUCUUCACCAGCCAGCCAGGAAGCAAACCGUACAGUCGAUUGCUCCCCCGCCGAAACUUCCUGAUGAUCUCUUCGGAAGUGGGUUCUCGAGUCUUGAUAGUGACAUGUUCAAGAACUUCAAAUAGCUCUUCCAACUGGAGCCAAAGCGAACGGAAACAUCUGGGGUCAAACAUGUCCUGGCUUACACAAAACGGGAAUAAAAAAAGCUAUAACAAAAAAAAAAAAAAGAAA